AUGGAUUCCCAAGAUAGCAAAGUUAAUCAAAACACCGACGAGACUGUCAAGGAGAACGGCCACUCCAACAAAGGAAAUGAGGACAAGAAAAUUUUCGUUGGGGGUAUUGCAUACGAUGUGGUCAAUGAAGAUCUGACUAAUCAUUUCCAACAGUUUGGUGAGGUCGCCCAGGCCCAAGUGAAGUUUGAUCGAGUCACUGGUCGCUCGAGAGGCUUCGCUUUUGUCGAAUUUGCAACUGGAGAAGGCUGCAAGGCUGCACUUGCUGCGCGUGAACAAACCAUAAAAAAUAAGCAGGUGGAAGUGAAGCCUGCCAAGUCCCGAGAAAAUAAGAAAGUGUUCGUUGGUGGAUUACCUUCCGAUUACAACGAAGGAGAACUCCGGACCCAUUUUGAGCAAUUCGGAAAGGUCGAAGACAUCGAAUGGCCUUUCGAUAAGCAAACAAAGAUGCGUCGCAACUUUGCCUUUAUCGUGUUCGAAGAAGAAGAGGCUGCAGAUAAGGCAUCUGCUCAGGCGAAGCAAACAUUCGGCAAUCGCGAAUGUGACGUUAAGAAAGCAGUGCCUCAAGGAAAGCGGUUUGCCGCUAUGGGAGGUCGUGGGAACGGCAUGAGACCAUAUGGCGGCCGAGGGGGUGUCAACGGCGGAGCUGCUUGGUACGGAGCAUGGGGACAGAUGGGGAUGCCAUACGGAGCAGGUGCUGCAUGGGGAGAUUGGUACGGAGCAGCCAACUCCUUCUAUGGGCAGCAGAAUGGAACUGCUGCGUACGGAAACGCUUACGGAGCUGGAGGGGCUGGAUAUGAUUCCUAUCAACAGGGUGGUGCUCGUCAAAAUGGCAACGCAAACGGACAACGCUACCAGCAGGCUGCUCAGCAGCAGCAGUAUUGA